AUGGUUUUGUCAGGUUCAAUGUACGACUCCGACAACUCAAUAUGGGACUCUGAUGAAAGUUUAACGUCUGAUUGUGAUAGCGAAAAUUCGUCCACUUACACCAAACGAUUGUUAGACAUGGAUGAGGUGGUCGAAGGUGAGUUACAAUCUUCUAGAAGUUCCAUUGAAACAAUUACUCCUAUAAUUUUCACAGCUGCGACAAUGGAUAACAAGCGACCUCAUGGUGGAUCUACUUUUGGUAGACGCACAAUUGUUCGCGAUAGGAGACGACGUCACAAUCUUAUUAUUCGUGAUUACUUUAGAGGUGAAGACUCGAAAUACCCUCCACAACAUUUCCGUCGUCGUUUUCGUAUGGAUAUUAGCCUUUUCAUUCGCAUAUUACAUGAUAUUACAAAUUAUGAUAAGUACUUUACACAAAGGUAUGAUGCUGUUAAAAGGGAAGGUUUAAGUCCUUUGCAGAAAAUGAUUGCAGCUGUACGGAUGCUUGCCUAUGGUUUGCUAGCUGAUAUUCUUGAUGAAUAUAUACAGAUUGGUGAAAGUACUGCAGUUGAAUGUCUCAAGCGUUUUUGCGAUGCCAUAAUCGGAAUAUAUGAGAAAGAGUAUCUAAGAAAACCAAAUGAAAAUGACAUAGCUAGGUUUCUUAAGGAAGCAGAGAGUCGUGGUUUUCCAGGCAUGAUUGGGAGUCUUGACUGUAUGCAUUGGCACUGGGAAAACUUCCCAACGGCUUGGCAUGGAACACACACUAAUGGUUUCAAAAGGGUCCCUACCCUCAUUUUAGAAGCUGUAGCAUCUCAAAACUUAUGGAUUUGGCACGCUUUCUUCGGCAUGGCAGGUAAAAAGUAUAAUAUGGGGUAUUACAUGUCGGACGGAAUUUAUCCCAAAUAUGCCACACUAAUUCAAACUAUCUCUAACCCAAGUAAUGAUAGAGAGGAAUUAUUUUCUAAGCGACAAGAAGCUGUGAGGAAAGAUGUGGAACGAGCUUUUGGAGUUUUACAGAGUAGGUGGAGAAUUGUAAAGGGCCCAGCGCGUAAUUGGAAGGCAAAAGACCUUGGUAAAAUAAUGAAGACGUGUAUUAUCUUGCACAAUAUGAUUAUCGAGAAUGAAGAACCUCAAGGAAUUGAUCCGGCACGAUGGGAGCCUCAUGUAGAAGAAAGAGUUAUGCUUGUUAAUUUAGAGCAUGAUCAUCGCUUUCUUGUUUGCAGGAUGAUGUAUAGAAUGAAACAAGUUUGA